AUGGAUGCAUUGGACAUCGAGAAGUGGAGAUUCGUGAGUGACAGCCCGGGGACAUCGGUUGCAGUGAGCUCAAUUCUGAUGGGUCUAGUCAUGGUUGGAAGAGCAGCUUUUGUGUUUCCUCUUUCCUUCUUAUCAAAUUUAUCCAAGAAAACCCAGAGCGAGAAAAUCGAUAUCAAGCAGCAAUUUGUGAUUUGGUGGGCUGGAAUGAUGAGAGGUGCUGUAUCUAUGGCUCUUGCCUACAACAAGUUUACAAGAUCAGGGCACACUGAAUUGCGCGGGAAUGCAAUCAUGAUUACCAGUACUAUAACCGUUUGUCUUUUUAGCACCGUCGUGUUCGGUAUGCUGACGAAACCGCUGAUAAGACACCUAAUGCCACAUCAAAAAGCGACCACGAGCAUGUUAUCCGACGAUAACACUCCGAAAUCAAUCCACAUUCCGCUCCUAGAUGGCGAACAGCAAGAUUCAUUCGUCGAGCUCUCUGGUAACCACCACGACGUGCCACGGCCAGACAGCAUUCGUGGUUUCCUCAUGCGUCCCACGCGCACCGUACACCAUUACUGGAGACAGUUCGAUGAUGCCUUCAUGCGUCCUGUCUUUGGUGGUCGAGGUUUCGUUCCCUUUGUCCCUGGUUCUCCGACAGAGAGAAGCUCCCACGAUCUUAGUAAACCUUGA